GGACAGUGAAAGAUACACAGGGACAGGGAAAAAAUGUUCCCGUCACUUCCUACUAUGACUGUACUCGUUCCCCUCUUGUCAUUAGCUGGUCUGUUUUAUUCAGCCAGUGUGGAUGAAAACUUUCCCCAGGGAUGCACAAGUACAUCCAGCCUCUGUUUCUACAGCCUGCUGCUUCCCAUUACGAUCCCCGUUUAUGUGUUUUUCCACCUCUGGACCUGGAUGGGCCUUACACUCUUCCGCCACAACUAGGAUGCAAAGAGUCUGUUAACA